CAGAAUCAAGCCACAAAAAAGGUGAUGGAAAAACUUCUUUCAAACCGGUUCAAUGAUGGAUCUAUCCCUGAGGAUUAUAUAUUCCCACCAGAAUCAAGACCAGGGAACAUCAAAAUUCCCUUCAGCAGUAACAUCCCAAUCAUUGAUCUCAAUGAAGCACAGAGCAAUAGAACCAACACAAUUCAGAAAAUUAUCAAGGCCUCUGAGGAGUUUGGAUUCUUUCAGGUUAUCAAUCAUGGAAUCUCGAUGAAUCUAAUGAAUGAAACAAGGAGUGUUAUAAAGGAGUUAUUUCAGUUGCCGGCUGAGGAAAAGCAAAAAUUAUGUUCAGAUGAUCCUUCGAAGCAAUGCAGGAUGCUUACUAGCAGUGCCAAUUAUGCAACUGAGAAAGUUCAUCAAUGGCGAGACAGUUUUAGACACCCGUGUCAUCCUUUGGAGCAGUGGCAGCACCUGUGGCCUGAAAAUCCAACUAGAUACAGGGAGUGUAUUGGGGCAUGUUCAGUUGAAGUGAAAAAGUUGGCUUCAAGGAUCUUGAGUUUGAUUAGUGAAGGGCUUGGUCUGAAGUGUGGAUAUUUUGAAAACGAUCUUAGUGGAUCAAUGGGAUUGGGAAUUAACUAUUAUCCAGCGUGCCCUGAACCAAGUUUGACAUUAGGAAUAAUUAAGCACUCAGAUCCUAACCUCAUAACCAUAUUAAUGCAAGAUGAUGUAUGUGGACUUCAAGUAUUCAAGGAUGCAAAGUGGAUCGCUGUUGAGCCUCUUCCCCAUGCUUUUGUGGUGAACAUAGGCUACCAGUUACAGAUAAUGAGUAAUGGAAAGCUACGAAGUGCAGAGCACAGGGCAGUGACAAAUUCACGCGAUGCUCGCACAUCCGUUGCCUUUUUCGUGUCUCCAACAGAGGAAAGUAUGAUAGAACCAGCAGAAGCUCUCACUGAUGAACACCAUCCACCACUUUUUAAGUCUUUCAAAUACAAAGACUUCCAUGCAUACUAUUUUCAAAAACAUGGUGACACAGAAGUAGUGCUGAAAUCAUUUGAGGCACAAAGAAAUUAACCCAAAUGUUGAAAGCAAAUGGCAUGCUAUGAUUUCAUUAUCACUGAUGUAAUUAAUGGUGCCAACC